AUGCUUGAUCAGCUCAGUCGUAUUCAGGUCCUUGCGGCAGAAAUUACCGACUUGAGCAAAACCUUCGAGGGUUCUUCCGAACGGUUCAUGGUCGACAGCCUGCCAUGUUUGAAGAAAUCCGAGGAACUUGUCGCCCUUGUGCAGUCCCCUGCAGAGCACGCCACCUCGCUAAUUGUCAAAACCAUGGAAACGGCUGUUAUCAGGACGCUGUUGUCGUUGAAUGUCCUUCAGACCAUUCCGACUUCAGGUUCCAUUUCCCUCCAAGUCCUUGCGGUGGCCACCGAGACCCAAGCAUCCCUUCUCGAGCGUCUCCUGAGAGUAGUGACAAGAACAGGUUUUCUUAUACGCGAGGAUGGUGCAUACCGCCACACGCACACGUCCUUGGCGUACGCUGGCCCGCUUGGGGCGCUUUUCGCGCCCUGUUAUGACGAAGGGAUUCGGGCCUUGAUCAGGCUCCCCGAGUAUCUGUCCGUGAAGGGUAAGGAGGAGGCGAAAAGUGCUAGGCACAGUCCUUUUACGUGGAAUGAAGGCCAAGAGGGCAAGACUACAUUUGAGAUUCUUUCCACGAUGCCGACAAGAACAGAAGGCAUACACAAUUUGGCAAUGAACGUCCAGCAUUUGCGGCCAUACACAGGCUUCUUUGACUAUGCUAAACUAGUCUCUGAAGAUCCUGAAAGACCCGUUUUUGUUGACGUGGGUGGGGGCAAUGGACACGUUAUCAAGGAGGUCCUGCAAGCAUUCCCUGAGAUACGGCCUGAACAGUGCGUCUUGGAAGAUCGUGCAGAGACCCUUGAGCUAGCCAGGACGACGGGCUUGCUUCCUGCUGGAGUGCAGCUUCUUGAGCACGACUACCUUACUCGUCAGCCAAUCUCGAAUGCGAAGGCAUACCACCUACGCGCAGUAGCUUAUAAUUUGGGCGACGCCGAACUCGUCCAACUAUUGAAGCAGAUAGUGCCAGUGAUGGGCCAAGAUUCAAAAGUUUUGAUCGCCGAGAAUAUCAUGUCUGAUGACAACGGCACUGCCUUCAGUACAGUGUCAGACAUGAUCAUGUUGUGCAUCGGCGGCAAAGAAAGAACGGAGCGAAAUUUUCGUGAAGUCCUCGAUGAGGCCGGCCUCACAAUCGAUAGCAUUCAUCGUGCACCUGGAUUGGAGUAUGGAAUUGUGGAGGCAAGCUUGAAGAUGUCAUGA